CUACCAGGUCCCCACGUAUCUAAUUUGUUGUUGCAUGGUGUCAUAGAUUUGAAAAAUACAUGUGAUUUUCGACUAAACGUGAAAGCACCAGAAGGUUGACGAGGGCAUUCCUACACGACGUGAACGCAGCAUAGAACGACAUCAAGCAGAGGUGAAAAGUGUGGAUCACGUUUUCAUCCCGCGAAGGCGUACUUGAACGGACAUUUUGGUGAAGGUCGGAUGGGAGCUGUGCAUACGGAACACACAUCGAGGCUGUGCUGACAACGAGGCCGCAUUGAUGUCGUCGUUCGUCGGGCAGCUCGUUGAAAUUUGCUAGCCAGCAAACGGAGGAGGAGCUGCUGGCUAGCUAGCUAGCUUGCUAGCUCCCGCUGCCACCACCACCACCACCAUCACCAUCGCUCCUAGCCAGCUGUGCAUCGCCUGUCUUCCCACCAUGGGGAACACAGCCACUGCCAAGAAGGGCAAUGAGCAAGAAAGCGGUAAGCAAGCACCGGUGAGAUGGUGUUAAAUGUGGACUUUAAUGUGCGUGAAUGAUGAGGCUUCAGCAGCGUUAGCCGAUGCUGCACUAACUGUACUGUACUCUUAUCAUUGCAGCACUCAGACCAUUUUUGGCAGGGCAGUUGACAAGUUCAGUCGGUACAUCUCCAUGGCGUCUAUUUAUGUUGUAAUUACACAAAAACCUUAUAUUGAAAUCUUAGGAGCAUCCAGUUAAUGAGCGUAUGUGUUAUUGUGAGUGUUCCCCACUACAAAUACACUAAUGAGCUCGUCGCUUUAACCUUUGCAAUCACACAAUAUCUUUGAAAAGUAUUUAUUUUGAGAGUUCAAAGGGUCAAACUCAUACAGUCUGUAUAUUCACCACAGUGAAAUAUUUCAAGAAAGUAAGGCCUUCACAGUAAAAAUUGAAUUUAAAUGCAGGGUGUUUACUUGUGCAUUACAGUUACAGUGAUGGCAGUGCUUGCUAAUAAUAUAUAUAUAAAUAUAAUACAUAAAACAUAAUUGCCUUCAGAGUAGUUGCACUUGUUGAGGUCUGUCCUAUCUUAUAGAUUCCAUGGGGAGCUUCGUAGUGUAAAUGUUGGUAUUAAUGUAAUACCGAUUACAUACAAUAUUAAUAUGUCAGAAGCCAGCAUUUUCUUCAUGACACACAUGAAUUUUGCAUGGCGCUUUGUGGUAUGGUGGCACGUGAUAAUGACCCUGUCUCGCAGGUUCCAUCGGUGUGGCGCCCAUAAACGUGUAUUUUGACACACAACUUGCUCCUCCCCCUCUAAACCCUGCUCGCUAGAUGUUGACGUUCUCCAACGAUUUCGGAUCAACGGUGAAUAGUUACUCAACACUAAUGGAUAAUAAUGACAUAUGAUCCAUGAACAGAAAGAAUCUGAGUAACAAUGGAGACGUUGUAUUUAUGUUGCAGCUCAGCAACUUUGGUGCCUUUAAAGACCCACCAACAAAGUAUGAAAUAUCAACACUUGAUGGAAAAACUGCUUUCCUUGCCUACAAACAGGGAGGAAGAGAGAUCACUCUACAGCACCUUGGCGUGCUUGCUCCUUAGAACAACGGCAUGAACGCAGUGAGCCCUUUGUCAGCCAUGCAGUCCGCUAGCAUACACACAGGAUGCAGAAGUAACAUAAUAAUAUAUUUUAUUUAUAAAGCGCUUUUCACAAAUACAUACAGUAUGUUUUGUCUUGUCUCGCAAACCCCUACUGUUAAUAUUUGGGCAGAUCCGCCCACCCCUUGUGUUUAGUGUACUGUCUAUGAUAAUCUUAUCCAUACUGGACCAUCUCUCUCUCUCACACACACACACACACACACACACACACACACACACACACACAGUGGACCGAUCUUGACCUGCUUUCUAAUCCAAGCAGUCUAAAGGGUGUCUUAUUGAAAACCAGUAGUUCCUGUCUUGUGGCCGUGUUUACUGUUAUCAUGAUGCUGUCAUGCAAACAGCAAACUCCACAGACGUAUGUUUAUGUUUAGAUUCAGACUAACAGCGCCAGAGUAGUCUGGAAGUCUCCUAGGACUUGUCUCUCUGGCUUAUAAAGUCACGUGUCACAAAUAUAAAGUUGCUUUUCUUUUUCUUCCAGUGUAGUUAGAUUGAAGUCGGCGUAGAACAAGCCAGUAAUGUGCUGAUAAUUUAUCUCUGUGUGCCCAAGGGUGUUACAAAAUUGCGGAAAGUUUUUGACAUGAUCUGGGCCUUAUAUGGGGUAUGUUUGGUGACUCAAGUGGCUGUUCUAAAUGAUCCAGCAUGCUUCACUACAUGGGCACGUGAUUUCUCUGAGCCAAUCAAUAAAGAAAAAACAUGAACGACAAGGACACUUCAGCUUCUGCGCGGGUUGCCCUCCUGUUUGGUCAUUUUUACAAACCUUUUACCCCAUCACAAAUCGUGGCAAUAAAAUAAUCAGUUCCUGAGUCAACGUGUUGCCAUCGGGUGAUGUUUUAACUCUAAUAUGUAAACAUUCUUAAAGUCAUAUGUAAGUCAAAAGCAACAAAUUGUGUCCAACAAACUUUCUACUUCUCUGGUGGUCGUCAUCACAUUUUCCCUCGUUGCCAUCACUGGUGCCCCUCCGUGGUGGCAUCACACACAAAAACAAAGAAAAAGCAAAAAAACCUGUAUGUGGGGUUGAGCCAGGGUUGUCCAAACUUUUUCCCAAGAAAGGAUGCAACUUUGCCACUAUGAUAUUUUGUAAAGCAACACAUAGAUAUGAUCAGAACAUAGAUACAUUUCAAGAUAAAAAAAAUGCAUAAUGAAGCCAAUUAUUAAUAUAAACUUCACUUUUUGCUUUUUUUCCCUCACAUUUAUUUACAAUUAUUUAAACUUUUGGAAUGGAAUGAGAAGCAUCAUUUUUUGUAGUAUUAUAACUUUAUUCUCUUAUUUGUCUAUUUUCAUAUUAUAAUUUUUUCCCCAACCUAAUUUUCACAAACCACAACUUUAUUUAGUUUUUAUUUCAUAAGAGUCUUGAACCAGUCAUGAUGUACUAUGCAUAUCACUAUAUUGACAGUUACUAUGGUACCCAUUAUGUCAUUGUAUAGUCAUACACCUCGUACUUUGGUACGUGACAAAAAUUAAAUUAAAUUUAAAAAAAACUUAAAGUACAUUAGGAAAGCAGGAAGUGAACAAAUGUAACAGUUACAGAUUGUAAAAGAACCAGAUGGAGGGCGAGGAUUUAAUAAGCUUUGCUUCUUCCUACUUCUUUUGGACAUGUGGAACUAUGAACUAAUUAUGUGAUGCAUUCAAUUGUAAUCUGAUGCAUGUUCGAAUGAAAUAUUACCAUUACCAUAAUGUUAUGACUUUAAAAAAAUGUGAUGUCAUAGUCUAAUUUUUAUGGCCUUUGUGGGCAUACCUAGAAAAUUGGGGAAUCAAUCGGAAAGUUAGUUAAAACAUAAUAGAUUUUGAAAAUCUAUCUGUGGCGGUACAAAUUUGUUAGUGACAGGCAGCAGCAAAUAAAUGAAUGCAAGGGAAACACUGAUGAAAUAUUUCUUAAUAUUGUGAUAUAAUCGAUCGAUGUAAUUACAUUACUUAAAAGCAAAGUUGGAAAGCUGGGGGUAAAAACAAAAAAAAUGGAACCAAAGUUCAUGCUAAUAAUAUGCUUUUCAUUCAAGUGGAGAUGGUGUAGAAGAAGAAAAGAUGCAGUGGGACAGUCACUGAAAGUGAAGUGCUUGAACAGGAAGCUUAACUUGAUGUGGUUAGCCGAGCAUUGCAGAGCACUCGACUUAGUACAGGAAACUGCUGAUUCUCAUCGGGCCUGGAAACCCUGACUUUACUCGCCAGCCUUUUCUCUUAAAACAUUUUUAAAAAUUCAACUCGAUAUGGCCCAGGGUAAAGAUCUGUCCUUUGCCAGUCGCCUUUUUCACAAAUGUCGUAAAAGUAGCCAAGAGCAGAGGGUACAAGACAACGAGCUGCCUUACGUCUCCGAGUUCAGCAUCGUGUGGGAGAAGUUAAGUAAGUGCUCUGCUCGCUCGUGCACGUCAGCGUUUCAAGAUGCGAGCUGCAUCGGUUCUGUCUCUUGUUACUUUUGUUAGGAGAGUUGGUUACCGAAACAGAAAAGUGGCAUAUGUGCUGUUUGUACCAUUCAGUACAUGCUGCGAUCCGUGUUGUGUGAGCUAAUAAAGCAACAUAUUGCGCUGACAUGUCGUUGCAUUACAAUGCACUACGCUUAGACGUGUCACAAGCGUCUCGAAUAACGCAGCCAAGAUUUAAUCUCACAAUACUUGCACAGGAUUGCGCCAUUUUAGAGCAACAGCAUUGAGGGUUAAAGGGAAAUAUACAAAGUAAGUAAAUCUUCAACAAACUGCAAAGCCUGUGUUUGUGAUUAAGGAAGAUGUAGUCACCCAUGCAAUUCUAAUAUUUUUAAUGACGCUCUUGUUUUGUUUACGUGGACAUGUGGCUCUCUUAUUCUGAAGGACAGUCACAGAAAUGUGUUCUGUAUAUGUGGCGAAUGUAUUUACGGAUAAGAUGGGCUAUGUUCAAAAAUAAAUAUGUCGUAUUUAUUAUCGUAUGUUUUCACUCAGAACUUGGACGUGGUCAUCGAGCACUGUAAAACGUUUCUUACAUUGAAGUCGUAAAACACAUACUCAUCGAGCCCGAGUCACGCACACGCAACCACACAAGCUAACCCCUGUUAGCUUCCACUCAAGCUUUGUGAGAGGAAAUUCAGCCAAAUUUCACUGACUUUUAUCGCCAUUUCAAACUGUUUAGGUCAGGAGGGUAUUGUUUCGUGUUUGUUAUGAUUUUGAGCAGUCUGCUGAGUAAAUACUGCCACACACAAGCGUCGCUUCUCCGCACGAAGACAGUAGUAUUUCAUUCAUCGUAUACAGUAUAGUAUUCACCAGUCAUCAGCUCGGCUUGUUUACGUUGUCAUUUAUACCGGUAUAAGUCAUUUUUUUAUCAUUGGCAGAAUCUAUACAAGUAUCUAGGAGGAAGUCGUCAUGAUGAGACUACUACAUUGCUUAGUUAUCACUGUGUUUUAUAGGAGCAGAUCCUUUUACAUGUUCAAGGAUACCAUCUUUAUCCUUCACGAUGGUCCUCACGUUUAAUUUUUCUAUAGUUCAGAGCAUUUUCACAAUGUUUCAUUUCUUUUUUUUAAUGUGCUGCCUUCAGGUGAGUCUGCAUCACACACAUAACAACCGUAUUUUCCGGACUAUAAGUCGCACUUUUUUUCAUAGGUUGGCUGUUCCUGCGACUUUAUACUCCAGAGCGACUUGUAAAUGAAAAAACUUACAUAAACACUGGACACCUUUUCUGUUCAUGUUUAUUUUUUGUGUAGCUGAAUCACCAUUGUGUUAGCAUAUCUUACACCUAUUCAGCCUGUUCUCUAUUCUUUUAUUGUUAGAACUUGCCUUCCAAGAGGACGUAAUGUCUGUUUUGGUCAAGUAGUGUGUAAAAUAAAUUACCCGCAAAAAAUGCAACUUAUACUCCAGUGCGACUUAUGUAUGUUUUUUCCUACCUAAUUAUGCAUUUUUGGCCUUGUGCGACUUAUACUCCGGAGGGACUUGUAGUCCAGAAAAUACAGUAAUUACUUUUUUUGCACAAUAUUAAUAAUUAAUGGGAGUACGUACGUAACCAGGAAAUGUAUGGCAAAUGUUUGAAUUACCAGGUACUGUGCCACUUUCUUUAUGUUUUGUUAUUGUCAUUUCUCCUUCCACAUUUCUGGCAAAUACACACUACCGCUCUAAAGUUUGGGAUCACUUGCAUAUUUCUUUGCAUUCCAAAGAAAAACACAUUUUCAUGCAUUUCACAAACAAUUUUUUCCAUUUCACAAACAUUUUUACCCAUUUCACAAACAAUUAAAUGAAUCAGAUGAUUUUCAAAGGAGGAUGUACAUUUUUGCAUAGAGGCCUACUGUCAACAACAGUCAGUCCUCUUCAUCAAUCUCCUGGUAUGGCUGCUAAUCCAAGUUUAUCAUUUCAUUAGGCUAAUAGAUGAUUAGAAAAGCCAUCUAAAAAUCUAAACUAAAACUAAAAUCUCUUACCAUGCUGUUAACUACUCCCUUCAGAGAGCAGCACAAACUGAGUCUAACAAGGACAGAAAAACGAUGCACAACUGUGCAAGAAGACAAAUAUCUGAGAGUGUGUAGUUUAAGACAAAGACGCCUCACAGGUCGUCACCUGGCAGCUGCACUAAAUAGUAGCCGUCAAACACCAGUGUCAGUAUCAACAGUGAAGCGGCGACUUCAGGAUGCUGGACUUCAUAGCAAGACUGCCAAGAAAAAGCCAUAUCUCAGACUGGCCAAAAACAUUUCCGAGUGAUCCCAAACUUUUGAGCAGUAGUGUAUGUGUUUUAUGGGAGUCUUUUCUCUGCUGUUUUUGGAGUAUAAUCUGAUAACAGCCUGUCCUUAUUCAACAUAUUACACUAAGACAGACACACUCACCGAUUGUAAUGUGAAAACAAUAAAGCUGUCAUUGUUCUAACGUUACAUAAGACACCCUUGACUGUUUUUCUAAUUAGCCUUCCCGUAGGCCUUGGAGGAAAAUAGUGCUUCAGGGUGUGAUGUCAGGUGGUGGGAGAUAUCGUUUGUAUGCCGUCUUCUCAGUGCCAUUCUGUUGCGUGUGUUACAUUGAAUCACACGUCUUGAAUGUUUCUCCUUCUCUCUUUUUUUCUUCCUCAUCACUUCCAUCCAACUGGCUCAAUGUUCCUGAAAACCCUUGGCGAUCUUGUAGAGACUUUUGUGAAAGAGUUCUUAGCUAAAGCCAAAGAAGAUUUUUUAAGAAAAUGGGAGUGUCCGCCACAGAGCACAACGUGCCUGGACGACUUUGACAGGUUCAAGACUCUGGGAACCGGCUCCUUUGGCCGAGUACUGCUGGUCAAGCAUAAAGGAACAAACCAGUUCUACGCCAUGAAGGUCUUGGACAAACAAAAAGUGGUGAAGUUGAAGCAGAUCGAGCACACGCUGAAUGAAAAGAGAAUACUGCAGGCCGUCUCCUUUCCCUUCCUCGUCAGAUUGGAGUAUGCUUUCAAGGACAACUCAAACCUCUACAUGGUAAUGGAAUAUGUGCCGGGCGGAGAGAUGUUCUCGCACCUCAGACGCAUUGGAAGGUUCAGUGAACACCAUGCACGAUUUUAUGCAGCUCAGAUAGUGCUCACCUUCGAGUACCUCCACUCUUUAGACCUCAUCUACAGAGACCUGAAGCCCGAAAACCUACUCAUCGAUCAGCAUGGCUACAUCCAGGUCACAGACUUCGGCUUUGCCAAAAGAGUAAAGGGCAGAACCUGGACAUUGUGUGGAACUCCCGAGUACCUGGCUCCAGAGAUCAUCCUCAGCAAGGGCUACAACAAAGCUGUGGACUGGUGGGCGCUUGGAGUCCUCAUGUAUGAGAUGGCCGCUGGUUACCCUCCAUUUUUUGCAGAUCAGCCCAUACAGAUCUACGAGAAGAUUGUAUCUGGCAAGGUACGAUUCCCCUCCCACUUCACCUCCGACCUGAAGGAUUUGCUGAGAAAUCUCCUACAGGUGGACUUAACUAAGAGAUUUGGGAACCUGAAAAAUGGUGUAAACGACAUCAAAAAUCACAAGUGGUUCUCCACAACAGACUGGAUUGCCAUCUAUGAGAGAAAGGUUGAAGCACCCUUCUUACCCAAGUGCAGAGGACCGGGGGACACAAGCAACUUUGACGACUAUGAAGAGGAGGACAUUCGUAUCUCGCAAACAGAAAAGUGCGCAAAAGAGUUUGCUGAAUUCUAGUGAGUGGGUGACAGGUCCCAUCAGGGCUCACGUGUUCGGGGAUAUUUGCACUUUCCUAGGAGUUCAGGUGGAACUGUGGCUGUCAUGUGUCCAAAACAAAUGCUCUGUUCUUUUGUUACACACACCUGAAUGAGGUCCUUUCUGCCACGUCCUUUUUGCGUGUUCUUCAACACACAAACACAUACACACGCACUUCACAAUCCACACCAUCUUAUCCUCUCUAGUCACAUUUUUUUCCAUGAAAUUCCAAAUAAUGCCCAUCCUUGUGUGGCACAAAGAAAAAUAGUAGCAGCUGGUAUUUCAUUUUGUCUUUUUUGAGUAGUGUCAUUGUUUGUUGUCGAUUUCACUUGAAUAUUAAGCUCUGAGCCACACUGACAAGUCAACGCUUCAGACCGUUGAUUUGGUCGCAGAUAAUCGUUGUUCACACAGAGGUACACACUCAGUUAUAAUAGCCUUCACUAUUCAUUCACUGUAGAGGGAACAUGUUACACAGGCAUGCGCAUGAGCAGUAGGAGCUGCCAUGCUAAAGGGCACCUCAACAGUGCUUUGCAAGUGAGCGGGUCCAAAUUACAGUCAGUCGCUAGUCUUUAAAGAGAUUCAUCAACUUUGCUUAAAUAUGUUAUAUAGUAUAUUCUUAGUAAUUGUGUUCUACAUUUUUUAUUUUAAAUUUACAAAAAUGACAUUUAUACUUGAUGGCGCAAUCCAUGAUGAACUUGCUAGCAACUCGGCCUCAUUUCUGGAGGUGACCUCAUUGGGGUGAUAGUUCUCAGCUAAAGCAGAGUAAACAAACACUUCCUGAGGGUAGGUGGUUGACUUUGUUCGGUAUAUUUUUCAUCAAAAUAGUAGUCAUACCAAAGUGUCGUGUUGCUGCUGGAUGUUCACGGUAUCUGAAUGAUACUGUAAAGUUGUCUUCUUUUGCAAAAGACAGAGGUUUAAGACAGCAACAAAUGAAGCAAGCACAGAGAACGAGAUGGACGUCCAAAUCCACGUCUACUUCGAUUUUGUUCAUUCAAUAAUCAUUUCACUGAUGACUGCUAUGAAGGAACACUCUUUUGCAUUUGGCUUACAUACAAUAAACAUAAACACAUUUCCAAAACACCGCUAUGUUUGUUUACCUGAGUGACUACUCCAAUGGCAUCACUUCUCGAAAUGAGGCUGAACUGCGAGAGCUAGCUUGUCAUGGCUAGCACUAUCAACUAUAAAUGGAAUCUUUGCAAAUUUACCCUUUCCAUUAAAAAAUUGAACGAUGUAAAACAUUAUUACAAACAAAUAAUAUAUAAUCAUAAAAUCUAUAUUCAAGUUGAAUGCCUAUAUUUACGGUAUAUACCUAUUAAAGAUCAAAAGUCCCUACAAUUGGAAAAAAUCCUGGAGAAGUUCAGAUAUUUCACCCCGAUAGAAAUUCCGAUUCCCCAUCGGAAUCAAGAAUUGUUAGCAACCAGAAUUUAAACGUGGAUUGUUCAAAUUCAAGUUAAUUCAAUCCAAGUUACAAAUGCCCAUUGUAACUUGAAAACCAUUGGCCUAAAUGGAAGGGCUUCAGAAAAAAUAGGUGAAAAGAAAAGGGCGUUCCCAAUAUGUUUUUUUUUCCAUGGGGCUUGGAAUUACUUGGCCAGGCCCUAUCGCUGGUGAGUGAUGUUGACUUUGAAGGCUUAACAGAGCACCUAAAAAAAAAAAGCACCUGGUUUUAUUAUGCCUCGCUCCCACUAUAUUGUGGAUAAAACUACCCCACAUGCAUACAAGUAAAUGGCUCACUUUUUGUCAUACCUACCGUUCCUCACCACACUAUACCAUGAGUCAUAAUAAUAAUAAUAAAUAUAUAUUGGUAUUGUAUCGGAAGUGAAAAGUUGCAUUGGGACCCCCCCUAAAGUGUUCUUUGUUUGUCCAAGCUCACCCCUCGCAGCUGCAAGUCCAUUCAUGGAAGCCCUCACGCUGGAUGACAUUUCCACUUCAGUCCAGUAGAUGUCAGUAAUGCACAUUUCAAAUCGCUGCUGUCCAACACAUGAAGAAAGCUGGAAUGCUAAUGCUAAAAACAAUGCUAACCACAAUGCAAUGUGCUUCCCUUAUCAUUUGUGCCUUGAUCUGUGCCCAAAAUUCAAAGGUAUGCACAUAAACACAAGCAUAAGAUUCACAAUAUGAUUUAGCAUGCUGGUCCGCUUCCUUUUUUUGGCGGGCCAAGUGGGCGGAGUUUGGGGAAAUCUAUUUUGUAACUUAGGGAAAUUGUCAUUUAGGUUCACUGGAGAAUUGAAUUGACCCAUAGAUGUGAAUGUGUUGUAUGUAUGCGAGCCGUGAUUGGUUGCUGAAAAAGAUGAAUGAAAAUCUGCACUGGAGUUUGGCAACGUUUGCAGUUACAAAAGCACAUUUACGGCACAGGACAAGCUCCUUUUUGAGCUGAAAACUUCUUUUACACGACUUGAGACGUUACAAUGAAAUUCUGACAGGAAUCUUAUGGAGAAGGGAUUUCAACUUUUGGCCAGAUAGGAGGGAUAUUGGUUGCCCCUCCCACCUAACAAAGUUAACAAAGUUAAAAGUUACAUGCUUGUUUUGGUUAGUUUAUUGAUUAUCAUUCAUUGUGUGACACUCGAUAGAAAUAUGAAUUUGUGAUUAUAACCACAUGAGGCAUUUUGUGGUUGUUUCAGCAUGACCAAAUGUGAUUUUCUGAAGCAGAUGGAUGGGACAAGACUGAAAUAUGAAGAAUUUGUCAUUCAUGUUAUUUUAUUGCAGUGUUUCCCAUACGUUCAUUUAAUUGUGGCGGCCCAUUAUUCAUAAAUUUGGCUCUACCGCUUUGCCUUCGCUUAUAAAAACAUAACAGUUUUUCCAAAGAAUUGACUUGCAACAAAUCUAGUCAAGAUGCUUUUGGCAACAAGCAAUCAUCUCAACGAGCAGUGGGGGUCUGCUGUGGCCCCCCUCUUGCGGAUUUAAAAGCACCCACAGGCACCUGUUGAAUAAAGUUAAUUUGUAUUUGUAUUAGGGCUGUCAAAUGUAAAUAGUGGCAACUCAUUUAUUUUAUUACCUUUACAUUUUUAGCAUCAUUAACACAUAUCUUUGUGAUGAUGGCUUGAGGAGCUAAAAAUAGCGUUCCUACACAACCAAAGUCUGCUGUUUAAUAACUUUUCUCUGACCUGAACGCAUCAACAGCAGUGCAAUGCCAACACUAUACGGUAUAUCCAUCUCCAACUCACAAACACAUCUCUAGUCCUCCAUGGAGCCACGCUUCCUUAUUGUUGCAUUCACUGGCACUCCAGAAGUCACAACGUCUUACUCAGCAACAAUUACAUCACCCACCGCCGCCACAAAUAGAUUGCACUCCUGUGGGAAACACUGCCUAUAAUUUGUAGCAUUUUUAGCCUACAUCCAGGCACAGGAGAUUUUUCCCGUCCCAUAGUUCUUAUAUUUAAUGAGUGCAAGUGAAUUGUAUAGAAUCUUUUUGAGAUAUAAUUUUAUCAGGAAAACUAAUGAGGUAGUAUGUGAUCUGCUGCACAUUGACAAAUAUUCCCAUUGCAGACGUAAUCAUGCAGAAUGCUAAUGUUUCACACACAUAUAAUUGUCAUUUUUAAUGGAUUUUCAAUGUAGUUUUUAUUGCUGAUUGUGAUUUAGCAGCACAUUUCACUGCCAUAUGUUUUUACAGUUUAGGAUAGAUAUAUACUUCAUUUACAGCUUAAAAAACUUUAAAAAAAUCAAACAAAGCUCUUCCAAUUGAAUAUUGUGGGGUUUUUUUUUUGUUUAACACUUGAUAUUGUUUGGGUUUGCUUGUUUGUUUUUUUUAGCACUGAAUGUAUUGUACUUUCCAUUGUGUAACAUUUCCCUCCAUAAUCUGACUACUGCACUCCAGUAUUCCAGUAUAUCCACUCCACUACAGUAUUGGAUGCAGAAAGUGUCCAAAAGGUAUGGAGGUGACCAUUUUGCUUCUCCUGUCCAGUCAUUCUUGUGUACAAAGCUAUAGGACUUUUCCUUGAAGCGUAAUUCUUGCCCCCACUAGUAGCUAUAAAAUGUGUUCCAAACGAAUGCAUAUUCUACAAAGAGUGUUCCAUAUUCUAUUCACCUCUUGUUUAACCACAGAAGCCACAUUUGCUUGUUUGUUUCGGAGCCUUGCCAUAGCGCCGCAAAAUAGGCUGAAGUUUUUAAGAUGACAGUAUUUGUUCCAUGCAGGUCAAACACUCAGGUUUUAGAUGUCACACUUUGUUGGAAGAAAUCACGCAAAUGUUCAAAGCAGGGGUGUCCAAACCUUUCACAUCAAGGGGGCACAUACUGGACUAAAAAUGAAAGAUUCAACUUUGCCACUUUGAUAUUUUGUAGGAAGUCAUAUUUUAAAAAAAACUGCAUCUCAGUUUAGUGAUAUAAGUGAAAAAUUUUGAUUUCUUGGCAGAUGACAACUUUAUUUUUGUUUUUUUUUUAUUUUUGUUGAAAAAUUACAUUUUUAGAAUGUGCCGCGGGCCACACUUUGGACACCCCUGGUUCAACGUCUUUGUCCCGUAAGUUAUCAUGGUGCUUGAGUCCCUGGAGAUGAGACGCAAUGCAAACCCAAUCCAGUUCAAAAAGGUUUGCAGAAUGAAGGUACUUGUGUUGUAGGCUAACUUGAUGCAAUAUUAUAUUUUAUUCUUAUUAAUUUUCUUCUAUUUUAUUGACAUUUGAAAGCACUUAAAUUAUGUCAUCAAUGAUCAUUUCCCUACAGACACAAAUUAAUGGCAGUUGACGUUGGUGACCCCAUUGUUCACAUUGAGCCCCAGUUUAGCUCAGUGGGGUUGAGCAGAAUAUUGUUGUGGCUACCUGAUAUUUCUCAUAGGACAAGAUCUGCUAAUGAACACCCUGAUGUUGAGCAUGUUUCCAUCCAAAGCGCCUGUACUGUACAUCGAUCCUGCCGCAUCUUUUUGUGUGAAUCCACAGUUCUUUAAGUGUGGAAUGUUUUGUCACAUGUAAUGUAAACAAAGGCACUUUUCCCAGUGUCUGUUCAUUCCUUUGAAUAAAGAACAUCAGUUUGG